CUGCAAAGCGCAGACCGUGCGCCGGCAGCAGCGCCCCACCGAGCAAACCACGCCCCGCGCGCGGUGCCCAUCGACGACCCGUCUCCGCCAUGGCCUGCGGCGCGAAUGCCCAGCCGGCGUGGGCGCUGGCGGCGCUCGCAGCGCUGGGGCUGCUCGUGACCGCGCGCGCCGCGGCGCGCCUCGCGCUGUGGCUGUACGCGGCGUUCCUCCGCCCCGCGCGGCCGCUGCGCCGCCGCUACGGCGAGUGGGCCGUCGUCACGGGCGCCACGGACGGCAUCGGCCGCGCGCUCGCGUUCCGCCUCGCCGCCGCCGGGCUCGGGGUCGUCCUCGUCGGCCGGAACCCGGACAAGCUCGCGACCGUCACGGCCGACCUCAAAGCCAAGCAUCCCGCGGCGCAGGUCCGCAUCUUCGUGCUCGACUUCACCGCCGACGAUGCCGCCGCGAAGGUGGGCGCGCUCGGGGAGUUCCUCCGGGGGCUCGACGUCGGCGUGCUCGUCAACAACGUCGGCGCGUCGUACCCGUACGCGCGCUACUUCCACGAGGUGGACGAGGAGCUCACGCGGAAGCUGAUACGCCUCAACGUCGAGGCCGUCACGCGGGUGACGCACGCCGUGCUCCCCGGCAUGGUGGAGCGCGGGCGGGGAGCCAUCAUGAACAUGGGCUCCGGCGCCUCCGCCAUCAUGCCGUCGGACCCGCUGUACACCCUCUACGUCGCCACCAAGGCCUAUGUCGAUCAAUUCUCGAGAUGCCUGUAUGUCGAGUACAAGAGCAAAGGCAUCGACGUGCAAUGCCAGGUGCCCAUACAGGUGGCGACGAAGCUGGCGUCCAUCAGGAAGCCCACCUUCCUGGCGCCGUCGCCGGAGGCGUACGCCCGCGCCGCCGUCCGCCGCAUCGGGUACGAGCCGCGGUGCACGCCGUACUGGACGCACGCGCUGGUGGGGCUCCUCAUCUCCCUCGUCCCCGAGCCCAUCGCCGACAGGAUGUUCCUCCACAGAAACCUCAGCAUCCGCACCAGGGGCCGCGCCAAGGACGCCAAGAAGAAGGCGCUGUGACGACGAGGGUGGUCGGUCUCCGUACGGAUCAGACGAUCACUGGAUUUGCAGCUGCUUUAAGCUCCUAGCAUGGCCAUUUCAAGUUAAUUUUCAAACUUAUUUGCAUCUGCUCAGUAGGUUGGUACACUUGGAAAUGUUGAUCUGUAAUUCGGCUAUCUAAUAACACACGGGCUGACUGAUCCGUUCGUCACCCUCCAGCCC